GAUAGGUUUUUAAGUGUCAGAAUAUAGAGAGGGAAUCUCCCUUUUUUAAUUUCAUCCUAAUUUUUUAGCAUCAGCAGCCAUGUCCGCCGAAGCAGCCUCCUCUCUUCAACGAAAUCAAGUCGAUUUACUGGAGUUUAUCGACUGGUCUGGUGUUGAAUGUUUGAAUCAAAACAGCAGCCACUCCCUUCCCAACGCUCUCAAACAGGGGUACAGGGAAGAUGAAGGUUUGAACUUGGAAAGUGAUGCAGACGAGCAGCUCUUAAUUUACAUUCCCUUUAAUCAAGUUGUUAAAAUUCAUUCCGUUGUAAUUAAAGGGCCAGAGGAGGAAGGUCCAAAAUUGGUGAAACUUUUUGCUAACAGGGAGCACAUGGGAUUUAGUAAUGUCACUGAUUUCCCCCCAAGUGAUACCAUUGUUUUAUCUGAGGAUAACCUAAAGGGAAAACCAGUUAUAUUGAAGUACGUCAAGUUUCAGAAUGUCCGCAGCUUGACAAUCUUCAUCGAGGAUAAUCAAUCUGGUUCUGAAAUUUCAAAAGUUCAAAAGAUUUCUCUAUUUGGAACAACGGUUGAAACAACUGAUAUGAAAGGUCUGAAGAAGAUCGAGGAUCACUGAGCUGCCAGGGAAAUGGGUAAGAGAUGAUGGACAUCUUUAUUGCCUGGAAGUAUUUUCAGUGAACUUGUUUAAACAGAGGAAGAGGAAUUGGUUGAAAAGGCUGUCUCCUGUUGUAAACUCUCACCCCACACUUGGCUAUAAGAAAAACUCGUGUGGUCGUUACAUUUAUCACACCUCAGCGUUUAACUGAUGAAUUUGUUUGGCCUUUGUUUUCAUGUCUGCAUAACUGUCCAUAAGACUAAUUUGCAAAUUUUCCGACUUUGUUAAGAUCUAUCCAAUUGAGAUAUGGUUAUUUCAAUCUUCGUUGCGAUU